AGGACACCUUCCGACCAUUGGCCCGGCAGUUGGACAGAAUCAUGCCACACAUUGCUGAGAUGUUGAACGACGUGAAACGAGAAGUCCGCGAAACGGCUGCAGAUACUGCCAGAGUUCUGUUUGAAUGCGCGCAGAACAAGGACCUUGAUCCCUACCUGGUUGAUCUCAUCAGCGCCAUGAUGGACCAGGAAGUCAUCCCCAAAGUGGUGAACCAGCUCUCAGAGAUCGUUUUCGUCCAGUCGGUUGAGACACCAGCCCUGGCUGUGGUCAUGCCACUGAUCCUCCGUGGACUGAAAGACAGAGACGAGAGGACGAAGCGACGGGCAUUGGUGAUCGCCGACAACAUGUGCAAACUGGUCCCAGACGUCACAGAGAUUCAGCCCUUUUUGCCCACGCUCAUCCCUUUGGUGGAAAAAUCGAUCCAAACCAUUUCCGAUCCGGAGGUCAGAAGUGUUGCAAGUCGCUGCUUUGCCACCCUACAAGCAGCGGACAAGGCAGAUCGAAGGAGAUUCAUCAGCAAAGCUUCAGCCAGGAACCUGUUGCUGCAGCAUGCUGCAACAGUUUGGCAAACUUUGGCAACAACUGGUUGUGGAUUUGCUACAGGAGAAGAUCCCAGCAGCAAAACUACAACUGGCCUGGAGCUGAUAGAUCUGGGAGUUGCCACGCCAAUGGCGAUCCAGGCCUGCAGAAGUUUCGAAUUGGCAGAAUGGUGGCAGUGCAUUGCGCCCUAUCUCUCGCCUUUGAUCUUAUCCGUUGAAGACUGUGAUGACUUAGUGCCAGAACUGCUUGAGAGCUGCUAUGAUGCGGCUGAAGGUGAUGACGUUGAGGAUUUGGAGGAAGAAGGUGAAGACCUUUGCAAUUGCGUCUUCACGCUUGGCUACGGAGCCCUGACGUUGCUCAAUAACACCAGGCUACACCUCAAACGUGGUAAAUGCUAUGGGCUUUGUGGUCCCAACGACUGCGGCAAGAGUACUCUUUUGAAAGCGAUCAACAACGAACAGGUGGAGGGGUUCCCUCCCAAGAGCGAGUUGGUUACGGCCUUCGUGGAGCACGGCGUGGGCGAGACAGAGCCGGAGUGCGAGUGGACUCCGUUGGAAUACAUUUUUGCAGAUGAAACCAUCAAAGCCAUGGGAGUCACGAUGCUUGGCAAAAUUGGAAGGGGGACUGGUUUGGGAUUUGCCAACCAGAAGCAUUCUUGUGGACAUUUUCCAUCAUUUUCCCCUUUUUUAGUCAAGAUUGGUGUGUGGUCACUUCCCCAGCUUUGA